UGGCAUCCAUGCGCCUGGGCAGGGUCAAGUAGUGCGUCGCUAAGGGCCAGAGGGGGAAAGAACGAGUGGCACAGUGCCGCACCAGCUGACGCAGAACGCAAUCUUUCUACCUUGCCCUCUCCAGUCCCCUCUCCCCCUCUCCCUGUAGGCAUGGGGAAGGGCCACAUCCUAAGCUGCAGCGUGUCGACCUGUUCCGUAGCCAUGUUUUGCUCGAGAGCCAGCGCAGUGAUCCGAGGUGUCGUUCCGUGUCUCGGUGGUAUAGGUGUCGGUAGGGAGCGAUGGAGGAAUUCACGGCUUGGAUCGACAAGAAUUUCUUGAUGGUGGGGCUUAUCACUGCACUUGCUGUUGGCUUACUCUUCCCAGCUCCAGGCAGGAGCUUAAAAGACAUCAGCACAACGCUGCAGCCUUUCUCACUGUCACAAGUCGCCGUGAUCCUCAUUUUUAUGAUCAGUGGGUUGACCCUCCAGAGGAUCACAAAGUGGAAAGAGGCGCUGAAUGCUUUGUUUGUUAGCUUUAUGUUUGUUCUCUUUCUCUCACCACUUGUGGGUCUGCCCAUUCUUUACCUUAGCCAGGUGACUUCUGUUAACAAGGCCCUUUUGCAAGGAAUGGCGAUUUUCUGCGCGGUUCCUACUACACUGUCCUCGGGUGUUGCCAUGGUCGCUUCGGCUAACGGGAACAUCGGCCUUGCCCUGAUCAUCACAACUGUUACUAACCUUCUGGGGGUCUUCACCCUGCCUUGGUCAAUGUCAGUGAUCUUCAGUGGUGCCCAUGUGGAGAUUGAUGGGUUCAAAACGCUAGUUCAUCUUGUCGUCCAAACUCUUGUGCCGCUUUUGUCUGGAAUUGCUUUGCGGGCCGUUCCACAGGUCGCACAGUUUGCAAACGAUCGGAAGAAGCCUCUUGGUCGAUGCUCCAAUUGUUGUAUUUUCUUUGUGGUUUGGCUGAACACCUCUGCUUCUCAAGACAAGAUUGUCAGCUUUCCAAUCGUGGAUCUGGGAGUUGUCGCGUUGCUUGCAGUCAUAGUGCACAUCAUUUACCGUGUGACAGCAUACCUCGUGGCGACGGCGUGCGCCUUUCCCAGCAAGGAGUGGGUAGCGUUUGUUUUGAUGUGCAGCCAAAAGUCUUUGCCUGUAUGUGUGUCUGUUCUGGCUGCGUUGCCUGCAAAGUUUCAAGUCAACACAGGCACCAUGAUCGUGCCGUGCAUCAUGUCACAUUUCUCCCAGCUUAUGAUCGACGGCUUUCUUGCGGAUCGUUGGAAAUUAGACGAAGUGACCGGCGAUUUCCAGUACUUUUCGUCCAACAAGUUGCGUGAUUCCACUUGAUACCAAGUACACGUCGGAGUGCAUUGCUCAAUGCGAAUGGCCGUAUCAUCCCCUUCCAGGCUCAGUGUCUGUCCUGCUUAUUUGCGCGCUCGCUGUGUACGAUUUCAAAUGUUUUCAACACACUGCUCAGCGCCCCAAUGUCGUUGAGACGCAUUUCUGUUUUCCGCCAAGGUGCUUGGGCCAGAAGUUACCCAGCUCCGCUGCGCCCUCUGGAUUGCAAGCCCCUCUAGGGUCCCCAUCAUCGGCGGAACUCGGCACACGACUGCUGCGCCUUUGUUUGGGAUUCGGGGGAGAUUGCCGCGCGUGCUGGAAACAGGUACACGCUCCCAGUUUCGGGCGAUGAGCGUAUUUUUGAACUCCUGGUCUCUUUUGUUGCGGCGGAUGCGUUGGUGUUUGAUGUCGUUACUCCGGUCGUGUCCAGAGUGUGUUCGAAGCAUCGGUUGUUCAAGUGUUCCCGAACGGUUUUUCGCAUAGUUGCCAAUGAGUUGGAUUGCAGAUGCAUGCAGCAGGCGACUGUUACGGUAGUUAAUGAGCCGGCUAUGACGGAGGUUUGCCAAUGUGUA